AUGGACAAGUCGACUGUUCUGCUUUUAUCAAAACUUCACACAGAAUCAGGAAAUUAUGGAACGGCCCUCAGAUUAAAGUCAUACAUAGAAACGGCCGGAUUCAUCUGCCUCCUCAAAGACCCCAAACUGCUACAUGUAAAUGAUUUCCCAGAAUUUGUCCAAGACCACAAUGUUGAGACCAUUUUCGCACUGCAUGCCUAUCAUUCUGGCAAAAUACUUACAGAUCUUCCGCCAAAUUUUUGCUAUGUCGUCAUUCUUGGAGGAACAGAUAUUAAUGAAUUGUGUCAUGACAGUGAGAAGAUGAAAACCAUGACGAAAGUGAUAAAAAAUGCCAGAUUUAUUGUUGGAUUCAGUAAAACUAUGAUCGACACAGCCAAAAGACUUUGGGAUUUUAUCAACCCAAAUUGUUUUUUGGAAAUACCUCAAGCCGUUGCUACAGUACCUUCUGACUUCUCUUUGUCAUCCUACUUAGAAACCAAUUGUCACCUCCUUUCACCUGCUGAUUCAUUAGACGUUUUUUUGCUGGUCAGCGGCAUCCGGCCAGUCAAAGACCCUUUGUUUCUUGUGGAGGCAUUUGCUGAUUGGCAUUGCAACCAUCCGACAUCCUUAUUUGUCAUUUUGGGACCUUGCUUGGAUGAAGCUUAUUGCCAGGAAUUUCUAAAAAAAAUAAAAAAUUUAGAUGGUGUUGUCUACAUCCCUGGCCUGAAAGCAAUGGACACACAAGCCUGCAUCAAAACAAGCUUUGCCUUGGUCAACUCCUCCCUUAGUGAAGGAAUGUCAGCAACCAUAUUAGAGGCCAUGCAACUGUGCGUUCCAGUGAUAGCUCGUGAUGUUCAAGGGAACUCCAAUCUUAUCAAAGACAACAGAACUGGGCUUCUUUACAAAACUCCUCAGGAAUUUAUUAGGAAAGCUGAAAUGCUGUUGGGUGAUAAACGUUUCCGUUCAGAUUUAAUAUCACGGGCCCAAGCAGAUGUUUUUGCACAUCACAAUGUCAAGCAGGAAGAGCAAGCUUAUAUUCAGCUUCUGAAUACGCUACAUUACAGACCCCCAUCCAGUUUGAUUACGAUGGAUGCAGAAAAAAGAAAAGAGUAA